UAUGUCAAAUCUUAAAUGUCAAAAACCUGAUAAUUAGUCAGAAGCUUUUGCCACUGAUUCUGAUCUUUUUUCUCCACAGUGUGGGAAGUACAUUUUCAUCCAUCAAACCCCAAUCACUUAUUUACAUGCUCGGAGGAUGGAUCUCUGCUCCACUGGGAGACGACGUCAGGAUCAGACAUGAGCACACUCCUACAGAGGGGCUGGAACAGCAGGGUCGUCUCGCAUAGUGGCGUACCGCUGGCAGAGGAGAAUGACUCUGUGGUCAGCGCCUGGCUUGCUGGGGACUCCAGCAAAAAUAGACUGGAGGCAACUCAUAUGCUGCCCAGCCAGACACUGUCUGUCAACAGCCUCGAUGUGCUUGAGCAGUGUUUAGUGUGCGGGACUGAUGGAGAGGCCGUGUACGUCCACAGACAACUUCCUGUUUGAUUGCUGACGCAAAAUAUGAAUGAAAGAGAUUGCUUGGAAUCUUUUUAUAUACUAAAGUUAUUUGUUCAGUUGUUAGAAACUGCACAAGAUUGAGUUAAGUCAUCAAAAUGGCAAUAUGUACAGCCUUUCUGUGUCAUAUAAGUUCUGUUGAAGUACUCUGGAUACAGUGAUUGGGACCGUAAUAAAAGUUUAUCAUGCGUCUCUCAGAAUUAAUUGACCUGUAAGUGGUGUUUUGUAAAGCCAAUUUUUAUUGGUUGUUAAACCUGUUGCAUGGGCUUCAUGUAGCUACGAUGCUUGAACAAAUGAAUCAGGUGAGUCAAUCAUUCAGGGACC